AUGCAUCAUCGAUCAAGUCUUCUGCCCUGUCUAAGUUCACCAUCUCUACCUGCCACCAUCGUCAUCAAUGGCUUCGAGUUUCCACCAUCGAGAUUGAAACACCUGCUUCUAAGCGCAAGCAGGAACACCUCUCGCUCCAUUAUGCCGGUCUCACUCGCAGAUAACAAGGAUGCUUUGGUGCUUCGCCUCAAAUACCACAAGACCACUCUCUUUCUCACAUGUCAACCUACCACUCCACUUUCAGCGCUCAAAAGCGACUUUUUAAACGCCGUCAAAGCUAUCAACCAGCCAGCACUGUCCUCCCUUCCUCAAUACAUACAAGCAGACGGCAAGGAUUAUCCCGACUGGGGCGAGAUGGAUGCUUCUGAGGAUAUCGGCCUAUUCGUAGCCGGCAGUACAGACAGCGAUGCUCUCGAGGGUAUGACGGUGUACAUGCCGCUGGAUCAAGACGCAACACAAUCCGACAUUACUGUUCGCAAAGCCGGUCUCAAGGACGCCGACGCCGUAUGCAUCGGCUUCCGCGCAAAGGGCUCUUCUUCCAUCUCGCAGCCAGUGGUUCAAUUCACAGACGUAGAACAGGACGAAGAUGACGCGGUCGACCCUAACUCCAUCCCACCUCCCCUUUCCGACUAG